UCAGCGUGCAAUGUUUUUGUUUAUGAGCUCGAGUUAGAAAAACACUAAACUCUAGUGAAACUAACGAGGCAUUAAAAGAUUACUUUGUUCCGUGUUGUCGGAAUGGAGGAAAUAAACCUAAUGAAGAUGGAAGGUUUCACUCCUACAAUAAAGGUAGAAGAAUUGAUAAUAUUCGACGCUGUGGUUACAGAAGGAAAAAUCCCGUUCAUUAGCAGCGAUCGGUGCUCUGGUGAACCGUCUCUAGCGAACGCCCCAAGUGAACGUAUAACUAAUGUAAAACAAGAACCUGUGACGGACAUCACCGAUGAAGUUGAGACUACAGCAACUUGCGACGAAAUUGCCGCUUCUAGCUUCAGCAACUCGGACAGUUCGGAAAUACGUAAUACCGCUGUUGGAGAUCAUUCGCGAAAAAAGUACGCUUGUGAGUUUUGCAACAAGGAAUAUAGAACGAAAUGCAACUUGAAGGAUCACACAAGAACUCACACCGAGGAACGACCUUUUGCGUGUGAUAUCUGCACUGGAACAUUUCGCACAGCUGAAUGUUUGCGGUAUCAUAAGAGUGCUCAUACAGGUCACCGGAACUUUGAGUGUGACAUUUGCCAGCGACGUUAUUCCCAAAAAUCACAUCUAACGGCCCACAAAAAGACACACCGCGCAGAUUGUCCUCAUAAAUGUUCGAUUUGCAAUAAAGCAUUCGCAACUAGUUCUCUUCUCCAACGACAUAUGCACACUCACAGCGAUGCCCGAGCCUUCAAAUGCGACAUCUGUGAUGCAUCAUUCAAGAGCCGUGAUGUUCUGAGAAAUCAUAUGAAAAGCCACAAGGUCGAGCCCUCCCCAGGCAACACAGAAGGUUUGGACCCAAAUCAGGCUGGUAACAGCCGAAGCGAUGGUUCAACGAAAUACACCUGCGACAUAUGCGGCAAACAGUACAAACAAAUGGCUUCACUUCAUUUACAUCUGAGGCUUCAUCAGAGCACCACUGUGAGACCUAAACAUAAAACCCAAAACAGAAAGCAGCACGAGUGUACGGUUUGUGGAAAAAGAAAUCAGAGCAGAGCAUUGCUCAAAAAGCACAUGCUUUGUCAUACUGAAGAACGGCCUUUCAAUUGCGAUAUUUGUGGUUCAUCAUACAAGUCAGCUUAUGACGUGGACGUUCAUAAGAAAUGGCACACCUCCGAGAGACCGUAUAAAUGCGAAAUUUGCGGAAAAGGGUUUCUUGUUCCAUCCAGGCUGAUGCGGCACUUGUUUUGUCAUACUAAUGAACGGCCUUUCAAGUGCAAUAUUUGCGGUCUAUCAUUGAGGUGGGAAUACAAUCUAAGAAAUCAUAAACUAAAGCAUAAUGCAAAGCGGGAGAGCUUUACAACCGAGCAAAGUCCUGUGGCGCACUCUGAAAAACAACUACUCAAUUGCGAUAUUUGCGGCUCAUCGUAUAAAACGCCUAUAAACUUGAAAAAACAUAGAGAAAAGCACUCGGAGAGUUCGCAUAAAUGCGAAAUAUGUGACAAAGAAUUUCCAAUUGCUUACAAACUGAGGCAGCACAUGCUUUGUCAUACUAACGAACGACCUUUUAAAUGCAAUAUUUGUAGUUCAUCGUUCAAGUCGAUUUACCAACUACAAGCUCAUGGAAAAACGCACAAUUUGCAGCCGGAUCUUUGCUCGGAAGAACGACUUUUUAAGUGUGAUAUUUGUGGUGAUACAUACAAGACCAGUUCCGCGUUAAAGGUGCACGAGACAAAGCACCUAAGGCAAAAAUUAGUCAAAAGAGAAAAAUGACCAGUCGAUACUGUUUUAGGCCGAUUCGUUACUUACAAAUUUUACGGGUAGAACUAACGUGGGAGUUUUGUUUAGUUCCUACCAUGCAACAUUAGGCCCUCGGGCAAGAACUGUUUGUUAAGGUGGAUUGUUCUGGUCAUACACAGUUCUAUGUCGGGGUGGAACAUAAAGUGGAAUUUCCUGAAGUGAUCAGAAAAUAAAAUCACGAGCAAAUCGAGAAUGGAAGUGAUGAUCCGAUAAAGCUUCAGGUCACCGGCAAACAACUGCCUUGUGGAACAUCCUAGUUGAUUGAAAAAGACUCCGAACAAGUUGCAUGUAACUUCACUAAAGCGCAUCGAGUGGUUAAGUACGAACGGAUCCAUUCAACCAGAGAAUCGGGAGGCCUAACGCUCCUAAUUUGUUGCAAUAAAUGGUCGAUUUAAAUGAAGAAAUCAUAUCUGUUUUUCCAAGUUACCGGCAUUAUUACGUCUGUGAUUUUUAUCGUAACAACAACAAUGCAAAAUUUUAUUUAUUUUCAAUAAGGCCGAUACAAACUUUAUUUUAAUUUUAUUUUGAAAAUAGGAAGGGGAAGAAAAAAGUUCAAGCCGUUUUGUUAAUAUUAUUGACUUUUCGACAGCGUAUAUGCUUAAUUUAGCAACAAACAAGUCCAGUGACAGUAAAAGUGUCAUCAAAAGGCAAGCCAGAUGAUUAAUAAUGAUCAUAGGUAAUGUGAUAUUUUUCAACAAACUUUGGCAUGCAAGUUACAAACGUCGUAACUUGCACACAUUUUUUCAUGAAAGUUACUUCUUUUUUUUUCUUUUCAGUGUUAUUUAUUUUUUGAUUCCCUUUAGCUAACUUUGAUACCCGUUGACAUAAAAACUAUUCAAAGUUUGUAUCAGCCUUAUAAGGAGAAUAUUUUUUUUUAACAUUUUUUAUACAUGGCAUAUUCGUAGAGAAUAAAAUCUAAUCAAGUUAACCAAUUCUGUUCAUACCAUUGAAGUAAAAAUUCAUGUUCAUGUUCAUGAAGUGAAAAUUAGGUGUACAAAGUACAGUCAGGUUUUUUUUACGCGGGGGAUACGUACCUCGUAAAAACAACCGCGUUAAUUCAAAAAUCCGCGUAAAAAAAACCGCGUUAAUUAAAAAAUACGCGUAAAAAAACCUCGUAAAAAAUCCGCGUAUAAAAAACCGCGUAAAAACCUGACUGUACAUAAUCAUUCUGCUAAGGAGAGCUCACUGCUUUCUCAACUUACCUUACCAAACAGUCCCGGGCCGUGGAGCUCUGCAAUCUGCGUAGGGUCAAACCUUGCCCGCGUCUCAUCUCUGAUGGGUUGGUUUCAAGAACCAUCUUUACCGGACUGUCGUCCGACAAGCUUAGAGGCAGGCCGGGAGAACUGAUAACCAUUCCCUCCUACAGCCCCGCUUUGUGUUGGAAACUUAUCAAAAAAUCAUUAUUCUGGAGUUGUGUGUUAGCUCAAACCAACUGAGAUUCUCGUUGAAAAUACGUAUUAAUUACUCUUACGGCGUUAAGUAACAAACCGACCCAAAAAUACCAUCAUUUUUAUUUGUGAUUCAGUUGUGCUCGAAAGAGGUGCUUUUUCGUUUUCCCGUGCAACUUUAACGAAGCAAUUGUCUUGAAUGAAAAAGUGCAAAUAUCACAUUUGUAAGGCCGUUCCUCCGAGUGCGUUUUUUCAUGAACUUGCAGUUUACAUUUUGUUUUGAAUGAUAACCUGCAAAUGUUGCACGCAUAAGGCCUUUCAUUAGCAUGGGUUAGCAUAUGCUGCCUUAGUUUGUAAGGAGUAAGAAAUUGUCUCUCGCAGAUUUCGCAUUGAAUGGGGAUUUCCGAGGAAUGCUUUUCCUUAUGUUUUCUCAAAUUUAUAGCUGUUUUAAACGAUAAACUGCAAACAUCACAAUUGAGAAGUUGUUCUUCAGAGUGAGCAGCGACAGGAUUUUGCUCGAAUGUAAAGCUCUCACGCUUUACACUAUGUGUUAGUUUAUGAAAUCUUAGAGAAGAUUCUGACCUUAACGAUCGAUUGCAAAUAUUGCAUUUAAAUGGCCGUCCGUCAGUAUGACAUAUCAUGUGCCGCUUUAGCGAGGUCGAAUAUGGAAAUUAUUUUCCGCAAAUUUCGCAUUCAUACCGUCUCUCGGCAGUAUGCGUAUUUCUAUGGACUUUCAUAUCACGAGCUGACUUAUAUGAUAAACCGCAAAUAUCGCAAUUAAAAGGUCGUUCUUCAGUAUGAGAAACCAUGUGCCUUAUGAGCGAUGUUCUACUCGGUCUUCUUUUUCCACAAAUCGUACACUCGUGCAGCUUUAGGUUGUAGGUUUUCACCUCGGUGGUACUCUGAUGAAGCUUCGUAUGUAAGUGAAGUGGUCUCAUAUAUUUGUACUGUUUACCGCAUAUGUCGCAUGUGUACUUGGGGAGCCCAACACUUCGAUUUGGUUCAGAACCUUCAACGUCACUGCAAUAGAAAAAAUAAAAAAUAAAUUGGUUCACGAUCAGCGUGAUAAAUUGAGUUUUGUCGCGAGACAAAAUGAAAAUAUAUUUGAAUAUCAAACAAAGCACAAUGAAUAUACAGAAAUAUUUGAUUUCAAGC